AUGGAAAACCCAAAGAAUAAUUCGUGUAGUGCCUCUGUUCUCAUCCUGACUCCGCUUAUGGACGCAGCCAUGUAUCUUAAAGGUUACUUUCGCACUUUGUCGCAGUUAUCCUACCCUAAGGAGCUAAUCUCGUUGGGGUUUCUUGUCUCUACGGUGACUAAAGACAGCCAACAAGACCCUACACUACAGACAUUGCGCUCACAUAUAUCUAGUUUGCCUAUUAGACCAUCUUACAAGAGGAUAACCAUCAUCCAUCAGGCUUCAGAGGCUACAGACUUCAAGCACGAUGAGAGGCAUGCUUUUGAGUAUCAAAAGGCGCGUAGAAAAGAGUUGGCACGCUGUCGAAACAUACUUCUGACCUCAGCUUUGAUGGAUGAGGCAUGGGUGUUAUGGCUUGAUGUUGAUGUAAUACACUAUUCGCCAAGCUUACUCCUCGAGCUUAUGCAGCUAGAUAAAGAUAUUGUAGUCCCUAACUGCUUCCGCUUCGAGCCUGCCUGGCCAAAAGCUAGGAGGGUACCAUAUGACCGUAAUAAUUGGUAUGAAACGACAGAAUCCAUGGCUCAUCAACGUACUCUUGAUCCAAGUUACGAACAGUAUCACCCCACAUUCCGUCAAUCAAUGACGGAUCUGGAUUUAUAUACCCCUAGACUAGUGCCUCUAGAUGGCGUUGGGGGCACAUUCACCUUAGUCAAAGCUGCUGUCCAUCGAUCGGGGGUCAUUUUCCCAAUCGAACCCGUUGAUCAUGAAAUUGAAACAGAGGGUAUGGCCAAGUGGGCGAAACGUCUGGGUUUCUCAGUCUUUGGCAUUCCCCAUCUUUCUGUGCUACAUGCUUGA